UACAAGACAGAAAUGUGUCGUAAUUGGGCCGAGAUGGGUCAUUGCAGAUAUGGUAAAAAAUGUCGAUUUGCUCAUGGAGAUCGAGAACGAAGAACUGUUCAGCGACAUGCUCGAUACAAGACGGAAAUCUGCCGAACUUACCACAUGACCGGGACAUGCUUAUACGGUGUUCGGUGCACAUUUAUACAC